AAAAUAAGGAAAAAAAGGAAAAAAAAAAUGGAAAGUUGAGAUUUUUGGAAGGAAAAAACAUGGCUAAAUGUCUUCUAAUGUCCUCCAACACAAAGAAAGAAAGUUCAUUGCUUUCUCUCUCCUCUCUCUCUAUUACUCUUCUUAACUUCUUCUAACUUCUCUGUCAAAGAAAAAACAUCACUGAAAAUAUAUAAAAAUUUAUCCCAGAAAUACCCUUUUUUUUCUUUCUUUCUUUCAGAGUUUUUUGCCACAAUUUUACAAUGCCCCCCAUUUCCUUCCAAGUUCCAUCUUCAUCACAAGCCACCAACUCUCCUUUCCAAAAUUCCUCUAAUAUUUUUGUUCUGGGGCCCUUUUUGGGGUUUUCACUUCUCUUCCAUUCAAUGUUCCCACAGAAAAAGAAAGAGAAAGUUGCAAGAAAAACUUCAUCUUUCUCUCUCUCUAUUAUCCCUUUUCACGCUACUUCUUCUUCUUCUUCUAACUUUCUCUCUCCUAUUAUAGCCUCCUCUUUGAAAACCUUAUCUUUCCAAUUUCAUUAGGGUUUUUUUCUCUCUCUCUCUCUCUUCUUUUGUUUUCCCCCCUUUUGUGAUCUAGGGUUUGUGUUGUUUUCAUUGAUUUGGGGAAUUUUGGUUGAUGGGUAUUUGAUUUUGGGCAAAAGGGUUUUCAUGGAUUCUCGUCGAUCAAGUUCUGUUGAUGAUGUGGUUAAAAUUAGGGAAAAGCAUCAGUCUUUGUUGCAAGAUUACUUGGUUUUGCAAAAGGAAUGUGUAUCAAAGAGGAGAAAGCUAAAGGAAGCAAAGGAAAAGAAAGAGACCCUUUUGGAUGAAAUCAGAUUCUUGAAGCGGAGACGCAACCUCCUGGUGAAGAUGCAAUCACAAAAUGCAGAACAACCGCAAGACAAUAUCUACUCACAAAAAUCACAUGCUAAAUACGAAGUAGGACCAAGUGGACAAUAUGCUAGUACUAGUGAACCACCAUUGCAAGAUUCUCGGCUGGCUAUAGGCUCUAUAUGGAAUUCGGCUAGCAUUGCUAAAGAAGAGGCGGGUUUUGCAUCUGUGAAAUUAGGGAAGAAGCCUAAGGAUUUGUUUGCAAAUGGAAAAAGAGCUGAGAAAAGGAAAAUUUCUUGGCAAGACCAGUUGGCUUUGAAGGUUUAGGUAUUAUUACCUCUUCAGAGAAGUACUUACAAUUUGUGCGGAGGAUAUCAUUUGACCUUGUAUUAGUGAAUCAUUCUUUACUUUACUAGCAGUUUGCUAUCGGAGAAUACAUGUAGAGUUAGUAUAUCAAUAUUCGCCUUCGUGGAAAUGGCGUUUCCUUAGCAACGUGAGUAAUGGAGUUCAUAUAAAGGAAGUUGAUAAAUCGUUGCCAAUUUUUAA